UAAUACCAGAAUCCCCAACCAAGAUGGCUGCCUCCAUGUGGAAGGUUAUGCGAACCAUAAAUAUGACGCGUAUUUCAGUGUUUCCUAAUGUUUUCAAUUGUAGAAAUUGCAUUAAAAGACAUUCAUCAUCACAAACACUGGAGAGCCGUACUGAGAACGUAAUAUCAGAUAAACCAAAUGCGAAUAAUACUGAGUUGAACCCGUACACAGAUUUGGAUACUGGAGAAACGAAGACAGAAGAAGACGUGGAACCUGAGCCAAAAAAAAGCUUUGCAACGUUGUUUCGUAACUCUCCAUUCGUGCAACUGGGUGACCUGCGUGACAAGGUCGUAAUUGGUAUUAUUAACAGUGUGGUUGGCGACGACCUAUAUAUAGACUUUGGUGGCAAGUUCAUGUGUGUAUGUCAGCGGCCGAGUUACAAAGCCGAGGACUAUGUUCGUAAACAUGUUAUCUAUUGUAGAGACUAUGUUCAUGUCCAUGUCAUCUAUUGUAGGAACUAUGUUCGUGUACAUAUCAUCUAUUUUAGGGACUAUGUAAUUAUACAUGUUAUCUAUUGUAGAGACUAUGUUCAUGAACAUGUCAUCUAUUGUAGGGACUAUGUAAUUAUACAUGUUAUCUAUUGUAGAGACUAUGUUCAUGAACAUGUCAUCUAUUGUAGGGACUAUGUAAUUAUACAUGUUAUCUAUUGUAGAGACUAUGUUCAUGAACAUGUCAUCUAUUGUAGGGACUAUGUAAUUAUACAUGUUAUCUAUUGUAGAGACUAUGGUCAUGAACAUGUCAUCUAUUGUAGGGACUAUGUAAUUAUACAUGUCAUCUAUUGCAGGGACUAUGUUCAUGAACAUGUCAUCUAUUGUAGGGACUAUGUUCAUGUCCAUGUCAUCUAUUGUAGGGACUAUGUUCAUGAACAUGUCAUCUAUUGUAGGGACUAUGUUCAUGUACAUGUCAUCUAUUGUAGGGGCUAUGUUAGUAUACAUGUCAUCUAUUGUAGGUACUAUGUUAGUAUACAUGUCAUCUAUUGUCGGGGUUAUGUUAGUAUACAUGUCAUCUAUUGUAGGUACUAUGUUAGUAUACAUGUCAUCUAUUGUAGGUACUAUGUUAGUAUACAUGUCAUCUAUUGUAGGGACUAUGUUCAUGUACAUGUCAUCUAUUGUAGAGACUAUGUUAGUAUACAUGUCAUCUAUUGUAGGGACUAUGUUCAUGUACAUGUCAUCUAUUGUAUUGACUGAGUAUGUACAUGUUAUCUAUUGUAGGGGCUAUGU